AUGACCUCGUACCUCAUCAUCGGCGCGGGCAACUUCGGCGCCGCGACCGCGCUGACGCUUGCCAGGCGCGGCGAGGCGUCCAGGAUCGUUCUCGUGGACACGGCCGCGUUUCCCAACCCGCGAGCCGCCUCGCAUGAUGUCAACAAGAUUGUGCGCGACGACUACCCAGACAAGCUCUACAUGCGCAUGCUCAUCAAGGCCAUGCCGAAAUGGCGAGCGGACAGCCUGUACAGCCCUUACUACCACGAAGUCGGCAUGCUGAGGGCGGACGCGUCCAACUUUGGCGAGGAGAGCAUGGCUGCUUACAGAGACAUGGGUGUCGCCAACGACUCCGAGUUCCUGUCCGUGGACGAGGUGCGGAAGCGCUGGAACGGCGCGUUCGCCACGGCCAACUUUGACGGGCUCGACAAGGUGCUCUUCAACCCCACUGUGGGGUUUGCGGAGGCUGACAAGGCUCUCGGGGCCGUCGUGCAAGAGGCGGUUGACCGGGGGGUCGAGUACGUCCUGGGGGUCAUGAAGCACCUCAACUUCGGGCCCAAUGGGGCGUGCACGGGAAUCACGCUGGAGACGGGAGAGGUGCUGCAGGCCGACAAGAUCCUGCUGGCAACUGGGGCUCGAACCGCUGCACUGCUGGCGCAGAGCGCCCCGGACAACAGGCAGAUGCAUGCCGGCGACCGAGUGGUGGCGACGGGGGCCGUCAGCUUCUACGCGAAGCUGUUUGGCGAGCAGAAGGAAAAGUUCGCCCCAAUCCCGGUGCUCAAGAACUGCCUCCCGCAGGUCAAAGGCGAGGGCAUGUCGAUUCUCCGCGACGGCACCAUCAAGUUCAAUUGCGACAUGUGCUUCACCAACUACGUCACUUGCCCGCAGACCGGUGAACGCAUGUCGGUGGCCCCAGACCAGAACGUCUUCAACGUGUGGACGGGCCCCAAGUUCAUCAACUUCUUCCAGGAGCGCGCGCGCCGCACCAUCGACGGCCUCUACGGCAAGGAAGUGGAGGACAUUGCCAUCGACGCCUAUCGGAUGUGCUGGGACGCAUCGACCCCGACACACGAUUUCCUCAUCACGCAGCAUCCGCACUGCCAAGGCCUCUACGUGGCCACGGGCGGCUCGUUCCACGGCUGGAAGUUCCUGCCUGUGAUUGGCGACUACGUCGCCGACAUGAUGCAGGGCAGCCUGGACGCAGACUACGCUGAUCGUUGGGCAUGGGACAAGAAGGGCGGUGAUGGCCACUCUGCCAACCCGACGUACCAGGUUGUCGGAGACCUGCAGGACUGGAUCUCGUGA